CACGAUGUUGACCCCUGCACCAUGUGCACCAGGAUCAAAAAAGGGGUAGCGAGCCCUCACCCUUCCAAAAACAAUCCGAGCAUCCAACAAAUCCACUUUCUCUACCUAUUUAUAAUUCAAUGCCCGUACAGCUAAACACAUGGUAUUCAGAUGAAGCCUUCCCAAAUCCCAAAAUUUCUCAUAUCGUCACGAUUUCCUGUUGUACGACGUCACACAACACUUGAACACCAAUACAACUCCAUUCAACAUUCGCUCGCUACCAUACAUCCCAUCUCGGCUGAACACCCGACUUGCCUAUUUGCUGCAUCCGACACAAAUUUGCUUUUUACCGACAGAUGGGCGAAUAAAACGCUCUUGAUAUCAAUGGCUAAAAGAGCCGACCUACGGUACACAAGCACCAGUGACUGGCUACACUGUACUACCUACUGUUGGAAUCCAGAUAGCGGACUUGUGUGAGUGGUCGGCUAUGGCUGGCAAGUUACUGUAGUGUGUGGAACUGUGGAACGACAGACCGAUGGCGCCACGAUGUGAUGCAUGAUCUGCGGCUACAGAACGUUUACCGUUCAACUGUCAAUUAUGUGUGCCUCGGAAGACGUACUUAUUGAGGAUUGUCUGAGCUUUGACACGAGAUACAAAUUAUGGCAUUCAAGCGCUCGAGAGAUGAUAUGGAGGGUGUUGACCACUCUGAAGAUACCCAAACUCUGACUCAUACUCAGGCACAAGCACAGGGACAAAGUGGUCAUGAUCUAGGUCCAGAUCCAGAUCUAGAUCCGGGUCUGGAGACUCAUGUAGAUUGUGGAGUGCCAAUACCUAGCCAACCUAGCCAUGUGGGAGGCGCUGCUGUUCACCUUGAGCGUGAAUUUGAGUCUAAAUAUACGUCGACGACGCUUUCGGGAGAUAAGGAAGUUGUACCAACUUCAUCUUCAUAUGCUCGAGAGAAUGCAACCGGGAUGGAGGGACAAGGUUCCAUUGAAGCGUCGUCGCGUGAGCCUCUGGUCGAUGUCGCCAAGAAAACUGAGGAGGAGAUGAUAGACUCUGGAGAAGAGCAGAAUGCUCCGACGCAGAGCGAUAAUCAUGACCAGCUAUCAUCAUUGGAAACUGAAGAAGUCCAAGAAGCUGGUCAAGAGACGCCGAGUAUCACCGCCUUAUCAGUCGAUACCAGUGAACAAGGAAGCGAGAGAGAUAACGACUCAGCUCUUGGUGACGCGAGUCUUUAUACAGCUUCGACGUCGGUACGGUCGAGUGUCUUCCAAUUUGUACAAGAGAAUGGGAGGACGUAUCAUGCGUAUCGGGAGGGAAAAUAUUACUUGCCAAAUGACGAAAUGGAGCAAGACAGACUAGAUCUCCAACACCACCUCUUCCUCCUAACACUCAACGGAGAACUAUACAACGCACCCCUCAAAGACAUCCCCGGCGGCAUCCACAACGUCCUCGACAUAGCAACAGGAACAGGAAUCUGGGCCAUAGAAUUCGCGCACCAAUUCCCCUCAGCAAAUGUUUUAGGAACAGACCUAAGUCCCAUCCAGCCAGACUUCGCCCCACCAAACUGCCGCUUCGAAGUCGACGACGCCGAAGACCCCUGGCUCUUCCCCGACCCCUUCUCCUACAUCCACGGACGCGCCCUAGCAACCUGUUUCAAAUCUCACCUCCCAGUCAUCACCUCCGCCUUCCGAGCCCUCAAACCGGGUGGCUAUCUCGAACUGCAAGACUGCAUCGUCCCAUUCCGGUGUAUCGACGAUACUCUUCGUGGGACAGCACUCGAGACUUGGGUUGGCUUGAUCAUGGAGGGGACGAGGAGGCUGGGGAAGGAUUGGACGCGUGUGAGGAGGUAUAGGGACAUGAUGUGUGAGGUGGGGUUUGUGGAUGUGGUGGAGAGGAGGUUUGAGUGGCCGGUUGGGACGUGGGCGAGGGGCGAGAAGAUGAAGACUCUGGGGUUGUGGUAUAGAGAGGAUUUGCUGGCGGGACUGCAGGGCUUUACCGUGGCGGUGUUGACGAGGGCGUUGGGGAUGAGUGGGGAGGAGGUGGAGCUUUUGCUGGUGCGGGUUAGGGAGGAUAUUAGGAGUAAUAAGAUUCAUGUGUAUAUUCCAGUGCGAGUUGUGUAUGGGAGGAAACCACUCGAGGUUGAGGAUUAGAUUGAGUUUAUGUGGAAGGAUUGGAAGGUCUCUGUGGACGGUGGGAGGAUGCUUGUAUGUAGGCAUGGGUAACAGGGACGUAUUAAGCCUCACGUGAGAUGCCUACUGCCUGAAAACGAGCUGUUCCGGUCGUCAAGUCGUAGCUUCAUUAAUAUCCUACAUCAUAACUCGUAUCUCAUAUCUCAUAACCAACUCAAAGUUCAUCGUCCGACUCUGUCUCCGAUCCAGCCGCAGGGGGCGGCGCUGGUGCCUUUGCAGGAGGCUUUUUGGCAAAAGGUAGCUCUCGUUUCGGUGGCGGUUCCAGUUCUUGAAGCGUCUUCGAGCUGGAUGCUUGACUACUAUUUUGCUCUUGCUUUGCGGGUGUCUUUCUCUUUGGAGGUGGCGCUGCUGGUUCAUGAUCGUCCUCGGAGGCUUCGUCCGCUGUCUCCUCAUCUGCCGUAGAAUCGUCUAGGUUCUUCGCUGGUUCUUGAUCUGAAUCCUCUGUAGUGGGCUUGUUAUCAACAUCCAUCUUCUCGAAACCAUCGUCUGACUCUUCCUCAACCGCUCCCGCUUUCCUUUUGCCUUUCCGUGACGGGCCGGCAGAUCGUGAUCUUGAUCGAGCCUCUUCCAAUUCCGCGACUUGGGUAGGGUCAACGUUUGAGCUCUGUAAAAGCCUUUGUUGAUCUCUGAUCUUUAGCUUCUUUUCGUUGAGUAGAAGGGAGAAUUUCUCGAGCAGUUGUGUGUCGUUAUCAUUCUUUAACUGGACCAAUUCUGCCAAGGCAACCUCCAACUUCUUGAUCUGUGCAUCCUUUUCAUCCAGUUUCAAGUUCGAGGCUUGUAGCUCCUGCGCAAUUUUGGUAUUCUCCAAGACACUCUCGGAACACCAAUCAUAGAAAUCAGCAGCGUCAUCGGGUCCUCUUGGAAGGACUAACGUCCCGAAUUUUUGCUAUUGGUAUUAUUAGUCUUGUUAAUACGGCAGGAGACUCAUGAUCCGUACCGUGAUUCCUUCGAUAUUCCGUUGUAUGAUGAUUGUAAGUGAUUUCGCCCCCGCCUGUAUAGAUGCCACGGCUUCUACACCUUCUCCGGGGGAGACGGGCUUCCCUUCCGGAUCUGUACCCAGCAGAAGAGCAUACAGCACUUGCUCCCAUUCUUCCGCGUUGAUCUUCUUCUCCUUCAAUUUCGACAGCUGACUAUGCUUCACUAAGAUACCGAGAUUUGAUUAGUCUCCGGAUUAAUGCAUGGAGCGGGGAGACCAAGGGCUGGCCCGCGCCGGCCGAUCUGGAGACCUUACAAGAAGAGACAAACGCUGUUUCAUUGUCGGUUCCAAUCAAUUCGAGAUCUAGUGUCUUCCGUCCAGUCGGCGCGAUGUGCAACAGAACGUACUCAUGGUCAUCAUCGAGGUCCACGCGGGGAACCUUGAUCAGCUUGGGAUUCAUGGUUCGAAGGAUGGUCGCACACGGGACGGCCUCUUGGAGGAUUCUGAUAUUGGAGAUGAAAGGACGGUGCGCAGAGUUCAGGCCAAAGACCCUCGUACAAAAGCAAUAAGAGAGCUGCUUAUAUUAUGAUUCCGAGGGUAUGUGGUUUCAGGGUGUAUUGUAC